AUGUUUGGGAAACAUCAUGCUCUUCAGCUGUAUGUUCUGGACUCCGAGACUAGCGAUCACCGUCCAGAGCUGGAACAGCUUCAUGGGAGAGACGACUAUAUCUCUGUUGGCACACUUGCAUCGCUGGAUCAGUUCUGUGUCCCUGAAGUGGAAUUCGCUCAAGGGGGAAAGGCAGAAAAAGGCCAACCCAACUUGGGGUGUGGCUCUUUAAGAAGUCUACCACUGGUCUAUCUUUCAGCAAAUAACAGAUUGCUUAAGUACACCACCUUGAUCCCUCCGAUAGCUUUAUCCGGUUAUCGGCAGGUCACGAGCGAUCCGAGUAUAGGAGAACCCUCCUUUAUCGGCCUCGGUACUGGAGAAUAUUCAGAAUAUUCACGAUACCGCUCACUUUCCCCUCCACCUUAUUCUGCUACACACAAUGUCGAUCUUCCCACGUCCUUAGUUGACCUUGCGGACAACGAUCUGGACGCGAUUUGA